AUGUCCAUAUCGGGUCAUUUGAGUGACACUACUGGCCCACCUAGUACCUCAUUAGGCUUCGAUGCUCGCAAUUUGGAAAUUAAAACCAAUUCUAUAGAGAGGACUUUGAUACCUUUAGUUUCUCAGAUUACAACAUUAGUCAACUUCAAGGAAAGUUAUCUACACAAUGGAAAACCCAAGUCGGAGCGGGCCCUUCGAGCGGCACUGAAAGUUGGCAGUGCAGUAGAGGCAGCAAUAGAACGAUUUGUGGCCGUAGGAGAAACAAUAGCUGAUGAGAAUCCAGAUAUACAGCCGGAAAUGUUUGACGCUUGCCAUGAAGCCAGGCUAGCUGGCUCUUCAAUUGCUAACCUUUCUUGCUGUUCUUCCACUGAAGAUGCUCCCCUCUUGGAUAAAGCUGUACUUGUACGAGCAAGCAGACAACUCCUCAGUUCUGUUACACGGGUUCUUCUGUUGGCGGACAGAGUGAUGGUAAAAGAAAUUCUACGGGCGGAAGAUAAGGUAGCCUAUUCUCUCAGUCGACUUGAGGCAACUCGUGAUUUUACUGAAUUCGUAAAAAUAUUUGCCGAGUUUGGUGGAGAGAUGGUCGACUUAGCACACAGAUCUGGAGAUAGGCAACAUGACUUGAAGAGUGAGAAGAGAAGAGCACAGAUGUCAAUCGCUCGUACAUUGCUUGAACGGCUUACUAUGCUUUUGCUUACAUCGUCUAAAACACUGCUACGUCAUCCUGAUUUGGAUUCAGCUCUUCAAUGUCGCGAUGGCGUUUUUGAUCAAAUCCGAAUCGCAUUGCAACUCAUCAGCAUUUGCGUAUGUGAUGGCGUUUUCCCAAUGGAAUCAGCUCGUUAUGCUCAAUCUACUAGUGAUGAACCUCUAGAUAUUGGUAUCCAGUUGACUGCUUCAGCUGCUACAAGACAACUAACUGAAAUGCUUGAGAUGGUGCGAAUGACUUCUAGAGUAGGAGUUGGAGUUCGGGAACGUUUAAUUUCGGCUUUGGAUGCUCUUUGUGAAAUGACCCAAGACUUCACAGAUUCGGCGUAUACACCUCAUCACCAUCGUGAACAAGUUCUUGAUUUCUUAGAAGAAUGUAGAUUUGAAAUGACUAACCUCAUACAACCAGAGGAUAACACUGAUGCGAUUCGCACGGAUGGUUUAGAUGUCACAGUUGAACGUCUUAAUCGUCGUUUGAAAGACUUGUCGAAGCAAUUGCAAAUAGUAGCUAUGGAUCAACUGGCUGAAGUGUUGAGGACCAAUGAAGACCAAGUUUUAAUGUCAUCUAUAAAGGCUUGUGCCGUUUCUGGAGAUAUUGAUGGAGUUGAGAAGUAUUUGGAUAAAUUCAGAGAGCAUGCGGAGCAUAUGCAAGAAGUUAGUCGACUGCUACACCACAUUUCAAUAACUGAUGCCUUGCAUGUUAUGACUGGUCAUUGCGAACGAAAUAUGCGCCAUUUAGCCCCUUUGGCCUUAUUAGCUGGAAGGACGCUAUGUGUACACCCCUCUAGUCGAAUAGCCCGUGAGAAUUUAGAAGUAUUUUGUGAUACUUGGGGACAAUGCAUAAAUGAUCUAUCACGUUUAUCAAAGGAGGCAGAUGCAGCAUUAAAUGGACGUUUAGCUGCUGAGAAGCAAGCAUAUAUGUCUCUUCCUAGACCAGGGAAACAUGGAACCACGCAUAAACCAUCAAAACCAAUCACUCUGGAUGUUGAAGACCAACAAAAAAUGGCCAAAGUUGGGCUCGAGAUGAAGCUUCUGACUUCUGAAGUCGAUGCGGAAGCAGAGAAAUGGGACGAGUACGCAGAAAAUGAUAUCGUUAAGAGAGCAAAGGCAAUGUCUUCUAUGGCUUACAACAUGUACUUGUUCACUAGAGGAGAUGGUCCUUUGAAAACGACCCACGAUCUCUUUACUCAGGCAGAAUUUUUCGCUGAACAAGCUAAUAAAAUGUAUAAAACAGUUCGAGAAUUCAGCUAUGAGGUUCCUGGAUCAGCGGAGAAGAGUGAGCUAUCUGCCAUUCUAGAAAGAAUCCCUGUGCAUUGUCAGCAGCUACAGGUUAUGGUGAAAAGUCCAACAGUUGGCAAGACUGCCACAUUCGGAAAAGUGGAUUCUGUAAUACAAGAAACGAAGAAUCUUAUGAACGAAAUUGCCAAGCUAGUGACUGCCUCUUUCGUCUGCGCAACUAAGUUUGAUAAAGUCGAAAUUACGAAAUCGAAUUCCGAGGCGGGUCGGUCCCUCGCGGCGAUCCUGAAUCGCAAUCGCGGGCGAGCCGCGACUCCUCCUUGUGGAGACGUACUCCCAGUAUUCGCCGUACCGCCCAAGCAAGUCCCGCUCUCUUCUGCUCCAACAACUUAUAGUAAAAUAAUUAAAGGAUUAUAG